AUGGAACAACUGAUAGCCUACGGAUCAAUCGAAAGUAUGCCGCUUUACAACUGCAGGUUAGUAACUUCCUCGAAAGGCAUAUUAGAAGGUCUUGGAGCGAAAUUUGAAUAGUUUCAGUGGCCGUACGAUGGAGGAAUGGGCCGAGAAGCAAAGCCAUCGACACGUUUUGGCAGGGCUUCUCGACGUCGUCUACGGAGCGAUCGUCGAGGUAUUAGGGAAAACAGAAGUCUUUCGUUUUCAUGUUAUUUGCGGAUUUUUUGCAAGCCAUUCUUUGAAGGCUUUUCAGUAAAGAGCUCAAAUGAGCACUGAUUCAGAGAAGCUCUUGCACCUUUUCAAUCUCUUGAGAGAUCUACGGGGGUUCGAAAGCGCCUAUUUGCAAAAAUACCAAGAAAAACUGGUUCAAACUGUGUUUCUCUCGAAUUUAUGUCAUUUUCAUGGGCGUUUUUUUGUGAAACUCUAAAGAAGUACUGAGUGAAACUUGGAAAAAACACUCAAAAACAACGUUAGACCGUUCCAGCAGUCCCUGAAGCGCUCGAAGUAGUACUGCUUCAAACUUCUCAAGUUCUAAAAAAUUUCAUGUGGUAGUCCUUUCGAAAGAGUCUCCGAAACAAUCCAACUUCAAAACUUCCUUCAGAUCCUCUACAUUCCCUGCGUGAUGGUUAUGCUCAAAAAAGAAUACUUCAAGAUGUCUUGUUACAAAAUAAUGGCCCUACUCGGGGUUGUCGACAUGGCGGCUGUCGGUGGGAAAAAGUAGUUGGAAAAAGAAAAUUGUUCAUUUUUUAGUGAUAAGUUCCCUUCUCAUGGCUACCUACUCAUUGAGGGUGCUUUUUUCUGUCAAUAUCCGUAUGUGAUUUAUUUCGCCGGAUUUAUAGGCCUUGGUAAAACCUUUGAAAAUUAAACAGACGAAAGAAAAUGACGCUUUUCAGGAUUAUGGUGCUCGGCAUGCAUGCUCAGUUUGCUAUUGGCUUUGAAUCGACUGAUGGAAAUUGCUUGUCAAAAACAUUUCGAACCUCUUUUCAAAAAGUAAUUUUCAGUGUUCUUAAAAUCUAACAAGGAAGGUCAUUUCCGUUUGCGGUUGGGAUUACCCUAAGAAGUCCUCCUUGAUGUACCAAAAGAAGAAAGUCUCAAAAUGCAUAACUUCUUAGUUUCUGAAAAGGGACACCUCAGAAACAAAUAAAACCCUCAAAGCCCAAUGAGUUAUUUUGAAUUUUUGACACCGUAUUUCCCGAAAAUUAAGAAAUUGUGAAAGUUGACUCUUUCCGAAAAACUCUAAAUCAAGGAGAAAUCUCAGGAAAUUCAAAAAUUGGGAACCGAGUGAACAAUGUGUAGCUUUGGGUUGAAGAAAACUUAUAAGAGCCCGAUUUUGAAAGUUCAAAAUUUCUUCACCAUUCUUGAAACGAAUAAUUUUUUCCAGUUACCGAAUUUGUAUCAUCAUGUUGUUACCAAUCUGCUACGGUUGCUACUUUACGUUUUUCACUCGCGGCACUAUUUUUUCGUCAACCUAUCAGACCCGGUUUUUCGACCCAUUUCUUUUCGAGAACCGAACUCAAGAGGUGAAAAAGCUUGUAAAUAAAUUUGAAAAGAGGAUAAUUCUUCCAGUACGCCAACUUCGGUCACAAUUUCAACAACUUCUCAGUAGUUGUGGCCACUACGGCCUUGUACAUGACUUUUUGUGUUGCUGUGGAUUGCAGAGUCAAAGGAUUGAGCAGUCAAAGAAUGAGCUUCCAGAAGCAGGUAGGAAGUAUGAAAGUCAGGAAGUUCACAUAUUUUUCAGAAUAGAUACAGCAAAAAGGGAUUGAUAAGAACUAGGAAAAAUUGAUCGCAACGUAUAAGGAAAAAACUAUUAGAGAAAGAAAAUGAAUCUUUCCAGAUCUUCCUCCAAUCAUUCCUAAUUUGUGCUGCCAAUCUUUUCGCUUUCCUAAACCACGCCAUCAUGCAGUUCGUUCCCCUUCCCGCCUGGUUCACUUUCAUCGCCCAAGCUGCUUGGCAAGUUGGCCACGGUAUCUCGAAAAUUUCGCUCAAACUGAUAAUUUAUUGAAUGAAUUCAGGUUUCCCAGUCCUUGUUUACCUUAUCAUCAAUAACACGAUUCGGAAUGAGAUUUUUGGUUUCUUCGUGAAAAAGGUAGGUAGAAGUAAAACUCAGAAUGGUUUUGCUGACCGUAUUUAAAGUUAAUACCUUCAAAAUCGUUUUUGAAAUGAGAAUUUGAAAAAAAAAGCUGCUUUUUCAAUCGGUUAUGAUGCGAAAAGGUUUUCUUUUGGAAUGGCUAUUUUGCCUCAAAAAAUCACGUUUAUAUUGGAUAAGUGGCUUUGAAAUUUAUGGCUGUUCAAACUUAAUAAAAAGAGGUUUCACUUCAUGAAAUUCAUUUGAAAAAAUGACUCCCUCAACCUUUUUCAGCAAUCGACAGUAACACCUUCUGGAGUCGAUCAGAGAAGUUCUGGAAGAGAUCAUCGAACUAAUCGCUCCAUUUCUUGA